GGUCACCAGUGAGAAGCUGUGCAGAGCCCAACAUGAGCUUCACUUCCAAGCCGCUACCUACCUCUGCCUCUUGCGUAGUGUCCGGCAGCAUGUAGCCCUUCACCAGGAAUUUCAUGGCAAGGGUGAGCGCUCAGUGGAGGAGUCUGCUGGCUUGGUGGGCCUACAGUUGCCCCAACAACCUGGAGGGAAGGGCUGGGAGCCGUGAUGGAAAGUCCUCAGAUAUCCCUUCAUUUAAGAACUUAACCAUUUCUACCAAUAUGUAUUUAUCAUUAAAUCUUUUUAAAGUGUA